CAUGGGGAGGGCACCAGUGCUGCCACCGCAGCUGCUGUCCAGAGGAUGGGGACAGGCACAGUGUCCCCAAGCAGCCCCGUGUCCCCAACUGACCGAGAAAGUCUCCAAAACGGGGCAGGGGACCCCAGGAAAUGCCCCGUCCCUCAAAGAGUGGGGCAGAUGUCCUGGCAGAGUGGUGGGAUGCAGGGUGCAGCAGGACCUGGCCCGGGCCCACCUCAGGGCUGUUUCUGAUGGCCCUGGUGGCCGUGUGGUGACACCGCCAGGGCAGGGACAGCCUGCAGGCCGGGCAAGGAGGAGGGAAUGAAUGAUCCGUGCCACCUGCACUGCUGGGAAGGUCAGUGCCCCGCGGGAUGGGGAGCAGGGACCUGCCUCAGCCUCCCAUGGAUCUGGGCCAGGAGAGGACAGCUCUCGGCCCCUCAGGCUGGACACGGGGGGUGCAGGACACGGUGGCCACGGUGGCAGAUGCCAGGCCGGGCACAGCCCCAGGGCUCCCCUGGCUCCCCCUCCUGCCAUCCCUCCGGGGCACAGCUCAGAGCAGGAGAGAGGAGGGUGAAAAGAGAGCAGCGGCAUCUGCUCACUCCAGCUCCAUCCCCAGCGGGGACAGGCCGUGCACAGCUCCCCACGCCACCUCGGACUCCGGGACCCCCCAAAAAACCCAGGGCUGGGGUCACACAGCCCCCCACUCCCACGGCGAGGGACCUUCCUGCUCCUCCUGGCUCCUUGGAGGCGGCACAAACUUCUCCUGCCCCCAGUCCCCUCCAGAGCCCCCUGGCACAGUUCUGGGGGUUCCCCAGGACCCCUCAUUUCGGGGCUGGCUCUGCACUAGAGUAGGGGCUUGGCUGUCGCCGAGACUCCGGGGACUUCAGGGACUUCCCGGCGGCUUCUCCUCCCUCCACUCCUCCCUCUCCAUCACCCCAUCCGCCAGCGCUCAUCACCAUCGGGGGGGAAGGGGCUGCGCCGGGGCCGGAGCGGCCGCGGGGUGACCCCCGGAGCCCCCCGAGCCCCCGGGGAGCCCCCAGCACCCCUUCCCCGGGCUCCACCUCACCACCAUGCUUUUUUCCUCUUGUUUCUUCUCUUGCAGGUUUCACAUGGGGAACCUUCUAAAAGUGUUGACUUAUAACGAACUUGACCAAGGCCCUAAUUUUUUCCUUGACUUUGAAAAUGCGCAGCCCACCGAGGCGGAGACGGCGGUGUGGAACCAGGUGAACGCCGUGCUGGAGGAGGCUCAGACCGUGCUGGCCGAGCUGCAGUCCUACACGGGCGCCGGGCAGGAGAUCCGAGAGGCCAUCCAAAACCCCGCGGACCUGCGGCUGCAGGAGCGCGCCUGGAGCGCUGUGUGCCCCCUGGUCGCCAAGCUGAAACGCUUCUACGAGUUCUCCCUGCGGCUGGAGAACGCCCUGCGGAGCCUGCUGGAGGCCCUCACCAGCCCCCCCUACGCCCCCACCCAGCACCUGGAGCGGGAGCAAGCCCUGGCCAAGCAGUUCGCCGAGAUCCUGCACUUCACCCUCAGCUUCGAUGAGCUCAAGAUGACCAACCCUGCCAUCCAGAACGACUUCAGCUACUACAGACGGACCAUCAGCCGGAAUCGCAUCAACAACCUGCAGCUGGAUGCAGAGAGCGAGGUGAACAACGAGAUGGCCAACAGGAUGUCCCUGUUCUACGCCGAGGCCACCCCCAUGCUGAAAACACUCAGCAAUGCCACCACCAAGUUCGUUUCGGAGAACAAGACCCUCCCGAUCGAGGACACGACCGACUGCCUGAGCACCAUGGCCUGCGUGUGCAGGGUGAUGCUGGAGACCCCGGAGUACCGGAGCCGCUUCACCAACACCGAGACCCUGCUCUUCUGCAUGAGGGUGAUGGUCGGCGUCAUCAUCCUCUACGACCACGUCCACCCCGUGGGGGCCUUCGCCAAGACCUCCAAGAUCGAUAUGAAAGGCUGCAUCAAAGUCUUGAAAGACCAACCCUCAACCAGCACCGAGGGGCUCCUGAACGCUCUGAGGUACACCACUCGGCACCUCCACGAUGACACCACGUCCAAACAGAUCCGGGCCCUGCUGCAGUGAGCGCGGGGCGGCCGCCGCAGCCGCACGUCACCGUGUCACCGUGUCACCGACGCCCAUGACCAUACAGCUCAUUUUGUACCGAGGGAAAAGGGACAGCGAGGAACACGCAGAAAUGUUGAAAGCAAAUCCCCCGCCACGAGCUCCUGCCCCCCCUUCCCACUCCCAAAUCAGCGCCCGCUCCUGGACACGGGGUGUGGGUGGCACCGUGGGGACACCGCGCCGGGGGGAUGGGGCCGGGCAGGAGAGACCCGGGCAAGGGAAGUGCUGGUGGGGCUGGCAGCAGGGUGCCCGUGGCACGGGGGCACCUUGGGGAGCGGGCAGGUGGUGCCCCUGGUCCCCAUCCUGCUCCCCAAGCAGAGGAGGAGGGAGAGGAGGAGGAGGAGGAGGAGAAGGAUGAAGUAUCCCUGUGGAUCUGCACUGACUCUGGAGGAAACGGCUCAGUCUCACCUGGUAGAUUUUUAAUAUGAGAAAUUAAAUCCACACUCACCUCUU